UUCCUUGGCGAAAUGUGUUCUCAUUUCAGGGAUGGUUGACCUUCAGGGAUGUGGCCAUAGAAUUCUCUCAGGAGGAGUGGGAGUGCCUGAACCCUGCUCAGAGGGCCUUGUACAGGGACGUGAUGGUGGAGAACUACAGGAACCUGGUCUCUCUGGCCAUCUCUUCCAAAUAUGUGAUCAAGGAAUUACCACCCAAAGAGACCAGUAAUACAGGGGAAGUAUUGCAGACGGUUAUAUUGGAAAGACAUAAAAGCCGUGACACCGACGAUUAUGCUUUUAGAGCAAUCCAGAAGAAUAUUCCUGACUUUGAGUGUCAGUGGGGAGACGGUGAAAGAAAUUACAAAGCAGUGCUUGUGACCCUUAACAAAAAUCUCAAUGGUGGAAGAGAUCAAUAUGGUGGAAGAGAUGCAGGAAAUAAGCCAAUUGAAAACAGGUUUGGACUAAGCUUUCAGUCGCAUCUGGCUGGAGUGCAGAUACUUCAUACUGAAGGGAAAAUUUAUGAAUGUCACCCAGCUGAGAAGUCUGUCAGCGUUGGGUCUUCAGUUUCACCACAUCCCAGAAUUCUUCCUAGUGCCCACACCAGCAUUUCUAGUGAACGUGGGAAUGAUUUCUUGCGUUCUUCGUUACUCACACAAGACCGGAAAGCACACCUUAGGGAAGAACCUUACAAACGUGAUGAGUGUGACAAAGCAGUUAAUCCCAGUUUACACCUCACUAGACAUCAGAUAAUCCAUCCAGGAGAGAAACCAUAUAAAUGUGAUGUAUGUGGGAAGGUCUUCAGUCACAACUCACACCUUGCAUGUCAUCGAAGAAUUCACACCGGAGAGAAACCUUACAAGUGCGUUGAGUGUGGCAAGGUCUUCGGUCGCAAUUCACACCUUGUACGUCAUCACAGGAUUCACACUGGGGAGAAACCUUUCCACUGCAAUGAGUGUGGCAAAGCCUUUAGUGAGUGUUCAAGUCUUACUAACCAUCAGGUAAUCCAUACUGGGGAGAAACCUUACAAGUGCAAUGAAUGUUGCAAGGUCUUCAGUCAGAGUUCAGGCCUUGCAAGCCAUCGAAGAAUUCAUACUGGAGAGAAACCUUACAAAUGUAAUGAGUGUGGCAAAGCCUUUACGUAUAGUUCACAACUCACUAACCACCAGGUAAUCCAUACUGGUGUGAAGCCUUACAAAUGUACUGAGUGUGGCAAAGCCUUUAAUCAGAGCUCACAUCUCACUAGACAUCAAAUAAUCCACACAGGGGAGAAACCUUACAAAUGUAAUGAAUGUGGCAAGGUCUUCAGUCAGAGUUCGAGCCUUCCUAGUCAUCGGAGAAUUCAUACUGGAGAGAAACCAUACAAAUGUAAUCAGUGUGGCAGAUCUUUUAUUCAACGCUCAAACCUCACUAGACAUCAGAUGAUUCAUACAGGAGAGAAACCAUAUAAAUGUAAUGUAUGUGGGAAGGUCUUCAGUCAAAAUUCGAGCCUUGCAAGUCAUCAGAGAAUUCAUACUGGGGAGUAA